GAGGAGCCAAAUGAAUGGAGCUGGACAGGAAAAACCUCAAAAUGCAAACAUUUGGAAGCCAGAUCGAUGGAUUAUUCGGAGGACGCGUCGAUCGCAUCAAGUGCCGUUUCCUCGCGUGAAGACAGUGCAUGACACCGGCAGCACUGUUGUCACUGCAGCGAGAGAAGUUGCGACGUCAAAGAAGCUGCUUGGAUAACGAUGGCUCAUCGCAGACUCAAUUUGGACCCUCGCAGGACCGAGAAUGGACUCCCGCUGGGCAACAAGCCCCAUCCAUCGGGUGGAGGCAACAUCAAGGACAAGAUCACACUUUGGGAGGGAAAAGAACCCUUAAGGUCCUCAUUUGUGGGCUUGAAAAGCGCCGGUGAGCAGAGUGAGAUGGAAAAGCUCAGGGGAGGAGAAGCUUCGAAAAGUCAGAAUGCGAAAGACGACACAGGGGAACACCAAGAACGGAGGCCACCAGGUGAGAAACAGCAAAUAGCCAACGAGAAUAAUGCAGCCGAUGAGGAACACAAAGAGAAUGUGGAAACUUCGGAUUCAGGGCCUUCUUCACCCCCGCCGAAGGACCAGCUAAGGACAUUAACAACGAGAAAAACAUCCGAACAAAGCAACCAAGAGAAAAGAGCGGUAUUCACUCUCUUCCAAAAGCUGGACGCCAUGGGUCAGAACCAAGGGAAGACCCCCACCGAGCUGGGAAACUACUUCAGCCCGCCGAGCAAGGACAAACACCCGGAGGGGAAGAGGAAAGACGUGUACGCCGAGUCGUGGUCUUCGCCUGUGAACCCGCUCCCCAAACCCAAACGCACUUUCCGGCAUCCCGCGACCAAAGGGGAGCGGAACCUCCCCCCGCUGCCCAAAACGGCCUCGAGAACCUCACCUGGUGCCAACAGGGGGCGACAAAACCACCACAACAGUGAUUUAAGUAACGAACUUAAUCAAGAAGGAGGAAAAGAAAGGAUUUGCUUUCACGUUGACAGAAAAACACUUCAGGGUGAAGACGUCCCAGUUUCAAAGUGCUCCCUGACUCUGGAGCAUCACUAUGAAGACAUCGUGGACAAAGAGAACCCGUAUGAGGACAUCGAGUUGGAGAGUCAGUGCUCCCAGCAGUCUUCUUUGCCCUCGUCUCCGGGUGCCGACACAAGCAAGGCUUCAAGGCCAGGAUUCUUUAGGCAGAAUUCCGGCAGGACCUUUAAGCUGCUGGACCUGCGUCGGGGUAACCAGCAGAACCACAGUGGCAGUAGCGGUGUCGCAUCCCCGUCCCAGCUCAGUCCCCCGUCCACACCGACCGACACCCCAUGGUCAUCAUCGGACCCCUACGGCUGCACCUACCGCAGGAUACCGACGUUGGUCCUGAGGAUCAACAGCAUCUUCGAGGCUCGGAUCGGAAAGAAACACCUCAGGAGGAUUUAUCAUUAUGCUGAGACCAGCUCAGGGAGAGCAACCGACGAAAACAGCGACUCCGAAAGUGAAUUUGAAGAGAGAGCCAAAGCGCACCGACAGAGGCUGGUCUCGGUGCAGUCCAUACUGGGCCAGCCGGGCCACACGGGGGUCCAGUGUGACAGUGCCAAAGCCAGAAACAGGGAAAAUAAUCACCAUCGGCAGCUCUUUGAAUAUUUCUUGGUUGUGUCGCUGCAGAAGGCCAAAACCGGUGGCCAUUAUAUCCCUGAAGUCACACAACAAUUCCCCCCAAAGCUGGAAAGAGACUUCAAAUUCUUACGGGAGACCGAGGAUCAGCUCAAGAUUAUUCCCAAAUUUUGUUUCCCAGAUGCGAAAGACUGGGAGCCGGCAGACAGCUAUCCGAGCGAGACCUUCUCGUUUGUAUUGACUGGAGAGGACGGGAGCAGGAGGUUUGGAUACUGCCGCCGCUUACUGCCUAGUGGAAGAGGAAAACGUCUACCAGAGGUUUACUGCAUCGUCAGUCGCCUAGGGUGUUUUAAACUCUUCUCCAAGGUUUUGGAUGAGGUGGAGAGGCGGAGGGCGCUGUCUCCUGCUCUGGUGCAGCCGUUCAUGAGAGCCAUCAUGGAAGCCCAGUUUCCGGCUCCGGGCAGGACCAUCACCGUCAAGACUUUUCUCCCAGGCUCGGGCACAGAGGUGAUGGAGCUAUGUCGACCGUCCGACUCGCACUUGGAGCAUGUCGACUUCGAGUGUCUUUUUUCCUGCCUGAGUCUGAGGCUGCUUCUCAGGGUGUUUGGUUCUCUACUUUUGGAGCGCAGGGUCAUCUUCGCCGCGGAUAAACUCAGUACCUUGUCGCAGUGUUGCCACGCGGCGGUCGCGCUCCUCUACCCGUUCGUGUGGCAACACACCUACAUCCCCGUGCUCCCGUCGGCCAUGCUGGACAUGGUGUGCACUCCGACCCCGUUCAUCGUGGGCCUGCUGUGCGGCUCCUUGCCUCAGCUCGACGAGCUGCCCCUGGAGGAGGUUCUGGUCGUCGAUCUGGGGAAAAGUCGGUUCCUGAAACAGAUGGAUGACGAAGACUCCAUCCUGCCUUGCAAGCUUCAUUCCGCCCUCGAGAAUGUUUUGGAGAGGAGAAGAGAGCUCGCCAGAGGAGACUACCUCAGCACUGUCGUGUCCGAGACCUUUGUCCGCUUCUUUGUGGAGCUGGUAGGCCACUAUCCUCUCUUCUUCUUCGGCGAAAAGGCGGACGAUGUCUCUUCCAUGUCGUCCCUGCCUUGCUCCUUUCAGCGGGAGGCCUUCCGGAGGGCGGUCCCCUCCAAGACCGCGAGGCGCUUCCUGGAGGUCUUCAUGGAGACGCAGAUGUUCGGCUGCUUCAUCCAGGAGAGGGAGCUCCACGGGGCUAGCCUCCGAGGGCUUUUUGAAAUGAGGGUGCACGAGUAUCUUGACACCGUCCAUGAGAGUGAACAUCGGCGGAUGAACCGGUUUCUCAAAGGUUUAGGGAACAGAAUGAAGUUUUUGUCCAAGAAAUGAUGACACAGGAAAGAUGUUGGCGUUUACGCUUUUUGAAAACGUUUUGAACGCAACAAUCGAAAAACAUCUAUGUAACAUAAUUCACGAGUGAAACAGCGCUUGUAAUAAAAUAAAAUGAAAAUCUUUGAACUCUAUGGGUGUGUCUAAAUGAGCCU